GGCGGAGGCUGCGGCGGCGGCGAGCAGGGACCCGGCAGCCCCCGAGCUCCGUGCAAAGGCAUCGCGCUCUCUCCUCGCUCCCCUGCUCCCCCCUCCCGGCCCCUUCCCUCCUCCCUCUCCCUGGCGUUCCCAGCAGCCGAGGGUUUCAGAUGUCCCACCGCCGUUUGACCCCCUCCCCCCGCUUCUCCACCCCUGCAAAUGAGGUUUGACCGGCAGAGGCAGAGCCCACCUCUGGCUUAGAAUCACUGACAUUUAGACUCCGGGCUUCAACCUGUUUACAAGCGGGCUUUCCAAGAAAGGGGGGGGGGGAUAGGGCCCAACAAAACACUAGCCGCCGUCCCCCCAAACAAAAAGUGACUUUCUGGAGGCUUCAAAUCAACAGGCACCACUAAAAAGAGACAGGAAGAGGGGGAAGACAACAACGGCGACCGGGCAGCUGCCUCCCGUUCUGACAACUCCAAGGGGACACCCUUUGAGAAGUGGCUAGCAGGCUGGGGCUCUGCCGAGAGGGACCAGAAGGUGCCAACCGCAGAGGGGCGCAGAUAUCUCCCCACACCCCCACCCCACCCCUUUGGGUUUUGUUCACCGUGCUGUCAUCUGUUUUUCAGACCCUUUUUGCCUCUAACAUGGUGAAGAAAGGAGUGAGAAGAGAACAAAGUAACUCCUGGGGGAGCGAAGAGCGCUGGUGACCACCGCCACCACCGCCACCACAAGCUUCUGCUGCCGCGGCCACCCACGUCCACCAUUCGCCAGCAGACUCGAGAGGCGCGGGCGGCGGAUCCUAGAAAGGAGCGAGCAGAGUCGGCUCUUCCGAGGAGUUAUGGAUGUUGGUGCAUUCACUUCUGGCCAGAUCUGCGCCCAGAGGGAGCUAACCAGCAGCAACCACCUCCGGCUGUUUCCUUGCCUUGCACCAGGUCUUACCCUUCCAGUAUGUUCCUUCUGAUGAGACAAUUUCCAGUGCCGAGAGUUUCAGUACAAUGUGGAAAUGGAUACUGACACAUUGUGCCUCAGCCUUUCCCCACCUGCCCGGCUGCUGCUGCUGCUGCUUCUUGUUGCUGUUCUUGGUGUCUUCCGUCCCUGUCACCUGCCAAGCCCUUGGUCAGGACAUGGUGUCACCAGAAGCCACCAACUCUUCUUCCUCGUCCUUCUCCUCUCCUUCCAGUGCGGGGAGGCAUGUGCGGAGCUACAAUCACCUCCAAGGAGAUGUCCGCUGGAGAAAGCUAUUCUCUUUCACCAAGUACUUUCUCAAGAUUGAGAAGAAUGGGAAGGUCAGCGGUACCAAGAAGGAGAACUGCCCGUACAGUAUCCUGGAGAUAACAUCAGUGGAAAUUGGAGUUGUUGCCGUCAAAGCCAUUAACAGCAACUAUUACUUAGCCAUGAACAAGAAGGGGAAACUCUAUGGCUCAAAAGAAUUUAACAAUGACUGUAAGCUGAAGGAGAGGAUAGAGGAAAAUGGAUAUAAUACCUAUGCAUCCUUUAACUGGCAGCACAACGGGAGGCAAAUGUAUGUGGCAUUGAAUGGAAAAGGAGCUCCAAGGAGAGGACAGAAAACACGAAGAAAAAACACCUCAGCUCACUUUCUUCCAAUGGUGGUACACUCAUAGAGGAAGAAAAUGCUUGUGGAUGCAGUAGAACCAAAGGCUCUUUUGCCAGGAAUAGUUGCUAUUUUUCAUGAAGACAGUAGCUCAAAAAAAGCAAAGACACAUUGCAGAUGUCUGCUUGCUUAAAAAAAGCAAGCUUUUGAAGGCUUUUGUACUCACUGCUGACAUAUGAUGUUCUUUUAAAUAGUUCUGUGUCAUGCCUUAUAAUCAAGAUAUAGGCAGAUCAAAUUGGAUGGAGGUUUUUCCCAAAUGAACAACGUUGUGGCUGGGGUUUUUGUCAAGUUUUCGUUUUCGUUUUUGAACUUCUGAGAUAGAACAUAAAGGACAUGGAGCAAUCUGUUGAAUGAUCUUCGGGAAAGUUAUUUAUGGAAUACAGACUCAUAUCAAAGACUUUCAUUGCUCAUUCAAGCCUAAUGAUUCAAUGAGCAGUAAUACACGCAAGCAUUUACUGGAAAGCACUUGGGUCAUAUAUGCACAACCAAAGGAGUUUUGGGUGUGGCAUUAUGAAAGAAUUGGAUAGGAUAAAAAAAUAUAAACAUGUUAGUGUGAAACUGUUCUAACAAUAUGAGUAGUAUGGUAUGCUUGUGCAUUCUGCCUUCAUCCCUUUCUAUUUCUUUCUAAGUUAUUUAUUUAAUAGGAUGUUAAAUAUCUUUUGGGGUUUUAAAGAGUAUCCUCAGCAGCUGCCCUCUGAUUUAUCUUUUCCUUUUCUUCACCACAUCACAUGCAUGUCCAUGACCAUGUUUUUAAAACUUGGCAAACACUUCAAAAAUCGGAGAUGAGAUUAGGGAAGCAGUAUGAGUGCCCUAUGUGCUGUCAGUUGACUUAAUUUGCACUUCUGCAGUAAGACCCAUCCACAAUAAAUACGGCAGUGCUGUGCCAUGGCUUGAGUGAAAGAUGUCUGCCAUCAUUUAAAAACAUAUAUUACUCCUGAGGCUUCCUUUCCUAAGCAAUAGACCAGAAGGCCAAAUUCUCCUCUUUCAAUACAUCAAUUUGUCUCUAAGAAUACACAAAAAGAAGGAAAAUUAAUCGUUAAAUACAACUUAAUAUCCUAGCCUCAUUAUUUACUAAUGAUUUUUUGCCAUAUAUCACAGUGGUAAAUGAUGAAGAGGCCAUCUGCCUAUGUAAGAACCCUUUGUAAGUCCCACAUAAUGCAUCUUCCCUAAAGGAACCAUCGAGGAAUUUGGUAUGAAGUGCAACUCUUCCAGGGGCUUAAACUGAGCAAAUAUAUCCUGGUAUAUGUGUAACCAUGUACUAAAACCUGUUCAAGUUGUAUGAUCUACUCUUUA